AUGCCGACUGUGUUUGGGCAGUCGCUUGAUGUGACGCGUGGGGCGUUUGAUCAGCCUGGGUUUGGGGAGAUCCCUGUGGGUUCGCUUUCGAUAGUGUGGUUCGAGGGGAACACGCAUGCGGAUGGGGACUGGAUCUACAUGGGGCCUGGGAUGAACACGCAUUUGGCGCGUGCUGAUGAUCUGAUUGAUGUCAUUGAUCCGAAGAACUUGCAUCCGGUUGGACAUAUCGGACCGGGGGACUUUGAUGAUGGGCGGCUCAUUGGGGCGGAGUCGAACUGGACACCUGGAUGGGUGACGAUGCACACGAGUGUUUCAACUGCUCCGGCGAAGGGAGUUCACUUUACGGAUGAAUCGUUCAUGAUUGGGCUGAGAUUUAUGAUGGACGAUGGGCUGCAUUAUGGGUAUGCACAGUUUGAACGCAGCGCGUUUAUUCCUGGGGACCCUUUGAGCAUUCAGUAUCGUCCGGUACGCUGGGGGUACGAGACUACAGCUGGCAAUGCUGUGCCAUCGGCCGUGGGCGGCGCAGAGUUUGUCGCGGAGUUCGAUGAGUUCUGGGAGUUCGGUGGUGAUGAUGUCUCCGGUGUCGACAUCGAUCAGGAGGGUGUUUCCGGUUUGUCCGAUCGCGAGUUGGUAGUGGGAUUGCUCGCGUCCGACGAGGACAUGCUGGAUGAUGCCGGCGGAUUCGAGAAGUUUGAGUGUGCGGUAGACGGUGGCUUUGGAGACUGA